GUCCGGCGGCGGGGGCGCCUCGGCCAGCAGCGCACGGGCCGCCGCCGUGGGCGGCGGGGAGGCCGAGCAGGCGCCCAGCCGCCCUUCGCUGCCGCCCUGCCCGGGCCUGGCCGGGCUCGUGGACAGCGGGCAGCCGCUGCCGCGUGCCGAGAGGGCUCAGGCCUGGGCCGCAGCCAUGGGGGUCCGGCCGAGCGCCCCGCCAGCCGCGGGAGAGGGCCCAGCGCGGCCGCCGCCGGCCUCGCUGGUGCUGCUGCUCGGCGGGCUCGGCGCGCCGAGCGGGCCGGAG